AUGUCCUCGCAACCUCCUCACCCUUCCCUGCUCAUUCCGGGGCCUAUCGAAAUCACCGAUGAAGUCUCCCAGGCCAUGAGUCACUAUGCGCAGUCCCACGUCGGACAACCAUUUGUCAACACAUUUGGCGAAACCCUCACACUAUUGAGGGAUCUAUUCCAAACCAAAAACCCCGGUUCUCAACCCUUUGUCCUGGCCGGCAGCGGCACCUUGGGCUGGGAUCUCGUGGCAGCCAAUCUGGUGGAACCCGGUGAAGAUGUUUUGGUGUUGCACACUGGCUAUUUUGGCGACUCGUUUGCGGACUGCCUGUCAACCUACGGCGCAAAGCCUACGCAAUUGAAAGCCCCCAUUGGGGACAGGCCACAACUGCCCGAGAUUGAGGCAGCACUAAAGGAAAAGAAAUAUAAGGCGGUGACGGUCACACACGUCGAUACCUCGACCGGAGUGCUCUCGCAGAUCCAACCUCUUUCCGACCUCAUCAGGCGUGUGUCUCCCGAGACGCUUCUGAUUGUGGACGGCGUGUGCUCUGUCGGAGGAGAAGAGAUCAACUUUGACAAGAUGGACAUUGAUGUGUGCUUGACCGCAUCUCAGAAAGCCAUCGGCUGCCCGCCUGGUCUCUCGAUAGUGAUGGUGUCGGAGCGGGCCAUGAACGUGUACAAGUCGCGCAAAUCCAGCCCGGGAAGCUACUAUGCCAGUUUCAAGAACUGGACGCCCAUCAUGCAAAACUAUGAGGCGAAGAAACCCUCGUAUUUUGCCACCCCACCCACCCAGCUGGUCCAAGCCCUCAACACGUCGCUCAAGCAGAUCCUCGCACAGCCCCUGGAAGCCCGCUUCGCCCAGCACCGCAAGGUGAGCGAAUACGUCAAGUCGAAAGUGGCAACCCUGGGUCUGAAGCAGUUGGCCACGGACCCAGCCAAUGCCGCCAACACCAUGACGGCAAUUUAUUUACCCGAAGGACUCACUCCUCCCGAGAUCCUCCCCAAGCUGAUGUCCCGGGGAGUUGUCUUCGCCGGUGGCCUGCACCGGGAGAUUGCGGCGAGAUACAUUCGUUUCGGUCACAUGGGUGUCUCUGCCAUGGAUGAGUCGAGGGGAGAAAUCGACAAGGCACUCGAGGCGUUGAAGGACGGGUUGGCAGAGGUGGCGAGUGCCAAGAGCAAGUAA